GCCAGCGGCUCGCUGCUCCGUGGGGCAGCCCCUGGAGCUGUCGGGCUGUGAGAAUAGGAGGGCCGUUAAAACUCGCCGUCCGGGGCAGCCUGUAGAGUCAGAGUUGAGGGGGUAGGAGCCUGGGUCCCGUCCGCAGCGCCCUGCAGGCGAGGUCCCCAGUCACCGCCCCUUCACCCAGGGGAGGGGUCCCUGGUGGCCUCCCACAAGGGUUUCAGGCUCAGAGGGGCCCUGGGUGACGUCCUGCCAAUAAGAGAAGGAUGGUCUUGCGGUUAAGGUCUUGGAUGAUCUGGAUUCAUUCCUGGCUCCACCACCGUCUUCUCGUGGGACCUUGGUUGUUGCAGUAUGACCUUGCACUAACCCUUUGGGAAGAAGCAAGACUUCACCAGACGUUACCCAUGUGCAUUCUUUUCUUGAAGUUUGAUCCUCGUCCAGUUUCAAAAAAUGCAUACAGGCUUAUCCUAGCAGCUAAUAGGGAUGAAUUUUACAACAGACCAUCAAAAUCAGCAGACUUUUGGGAUAGCAGCAAUGAAAUCCUUAGUGGUUUGGAUAUGGAGGAAGGAAAAGAAGGCGGGACAUGGCUUGGAAUCAGUAAGAAAGGCAAGAUGGCUGCCUUGACAAACUACUUGCAGCCAAAGAUUGAUAAAAAUGCAAAGGGAAGAGGUGCACUUGUAAGAAACUUCUUGACUACAGAUCUGGACAGCUUCUCUUACUUGAAGAAAGUUUCAUUAGAAGGACACCUUUACAAUGGAUUUAAUUUAAUAGCAGCCGACUUGAGCUCCACCAACGGAGAUGUAAUUUGCUACUAUGGAAACAAAGGAGAAUCAGAACCUAUCUUCCUAAAUGCUGGAAUCUAUGGAUUGAGUAAUUCUCUGCUGGAUACUCCAUGGAAGAAACUUCAGUAUGGAAAGCAGCUUUUCACAGAGGUGAUCAAGCAAAGUCAGGACCUUGCCAAAGAAGACCUGGUACAGGAGCUCAUUAAAGUGCUGAAUAAUCAAGACCCUCAGCUACCAGAUCCCGCAAUGGAGGAUCAAGGAAAGGAACACGUGCAACCUGUAUUGACCGAAUAUGCAGCUUUGUGUGUUCGUUGCCCGGGAUAUGGAACAAGGACUAACACAGUCAUUCUCAUUGAUGCAGAAGGACAUGUUACUUUCACAGAGCGCACCAUGCUCAAUGCAGAUAUCAACCAAUGGAAAACAAGCACCUAUCAGUUCGAACUGCAGACUUAACAACUUUCCAUUUGAAUGGAUCAUGAUAAAAGAAACAAGAGAACAAGCUAUUGAACUCCAGUGAAGGCUUUGUACCAGCCUCCAGCACCCUGAGAUGGAAAGGAAAAGCUUAUUAAAUCCAUAGCAUACCCUAGCAACUACUAAAACCUUUUGCACAAAACCGAGGGAAGAAAGUUUUUACAGUAAAAUUUUGGCUGGAUUAAAAAUGUUGCUUUUUGUGCAAGUCUUUAUUUUAAGUUUCAAGGACACAGUUUAUUUUCUAGGCGUGAUUUUUAAACUAUGUUGUUAAUAUCUAGGCAAUUGAUCCUGCAAGGUAUUGAGUGCUUCUUACAAGGUGCUAACUGCCCCUAGUUCCUUUUGAUUUCAAUCAGAGCUGAAGGUAUGCAGCACCUUGGAAGAUCAAGUUCUACGUUAUUAAAGUUCAGAGAUUUUCAGAAUCUAACUUAAACCUUCAGAAUCAAUCAUGAUAACUUUUCACACUUCGCUCAGCUUGGCCAAAGACAAACUAGUCAGGUACACAUUUAUUUAUGGUUGAUUUCUAGUCAUUUUGUGAACUGGCAUAACUAUGUAAUGUGACUUCUGGAAAUGAUCCCUGGGAAUGGUGGUUAUGUGAAUUAUAAAAAAAAUUCCAUUGGAAUUUUACAAAAAGAAACAUUUCUAUUGAUCAUAGACCAUAAAGGUUUUAGAAAAUCUGUCUGCCUUUUCAACAUAUGCUUGUAGGAUUUUUUGAUCAUGGAUGUGGGCAUCAGUGAAUGUAUGUUACGUUUGCAGACUGGGUUGUUUUAGUGUAAUAUAACAAUUUUUCAGACAUACAAUGGUGCAGUGUUCUGCACAGGGAAAAGGGUUGUUAUUCUUCACAAGUCUAUUUUCCCUUAAGUUGUACAGUGUUGAGUAAAGUGAUUUAUCUAGUAUUGUCUUUCUCAUUUGUAUCCAAUACUUGUUUCUGAUGAGGGAAUGAAACUGAAGUUUGGGUCUGUGCUCUUUAAUCUCUUGCUCAGGAGAAAUUAAAGCAUCAUGGAGUGUGAUGGGCUCCCUCUCUGAAGUGAAGGAAUCAGCUGCUCUGUAUUGUGGCACCUUGUUGCCUGCAGUCUAACCAGCAAUGUAGGCCUCUUUUUUCUUCUAGAUUGAUAACUCGUAGGAUAUGUUUUCAAACAAAAAGUGAACUAUAUGAAGUUUAUACUUACGCUUUUUGGUAAGCUUUGGUUUUAGCUUUAUUUCUGUACUGGUAUAAUGUGUUAAAAGCUGGGAGUGAUUGCUGAUAUUUUAUGGUAGAAUAGAAUAUUUGUUACCUGGUGACAUAUUACAAUAUUAUAGUGCUGGAAAAAGUUAAGUGUUAAAAUACACUUCCCAUGUUCCUUUAAGCUGUAAAUUAUAAAGCUGGUUAUUUAAAUGUAUUUUUUCUUUCCAUUAGUCAGUGCCAAUGGUGGGUGAUGGAGAGAAUCUCUUGCUAAUGUCAAAGUAUUUUAAAAUCCUAGAUUAUUUUGCUGCCGUUAUAGUUGUACUGUAACUUACUCCAAAUGCCAAACCUUAAAUACUGAUUUGACUCAUUGCCUCCCCCCGCCCCCUUCAUUGAGUGUGUUCUUUACUGUGAUCAGAGAAUUGUAGAAAGGGUUGCAAUAUAGCAGUAUUUCCUAUAUUGCUCACAGAGAAGUUCAGUUGUUUUCUCUACUCCAGGCCUAUAUUUUGUACUGAAAUGCUUAGAGGAAACUAAGGCCUCUUAGGGUGUCGUCUGUGGUGUGAGUGGAAACCAGAUUUCUCAUUGGGGUUAUAAUAGGACUGCAAAAGGCCAUUUCCAGAGUAAUGACUGUCUGGCGAUACCAAAGCAGUAUUCAAAUUAGUUAUUUCCCUCCUAUGAUCAUUUUAGAUAAGAGUUUUGCCUGUUUAAAUAUUUCUAGUGAUACCAGGCUACUCUCUCAUGCUUAAUUGAGCAUGCGGUUAAGUGCUUUGCUGGAUCAGAGCCACACUGUGUAACAAAUGCACAAGUGCACCUUCUAACAAAUUUUAAGUACCAGACUGCUACCACAGCUAUCACAAGCACAGUUAUGCCUGUUUGUGACUCAUGCACCUGGGUGGUUGCAUUGAACUUCAUUUCAAGUGCGGGGGACUCCUGGAUUUCCUUCUCCUGAGCUAUGGAAGGAGUUUAAUGUUUCUUUACAUGGCUAUUUAUUCUAUCAAUUAAAUUCACUGGUGAGUGUGGGGGUGUGUGUGUAUAUGUAUGUAUAAUCUGUUGUACUUGCAAACAUAAUGAAUAUAAACACAGAAGCAAAAAAUAGUCCAUAAUCAGGAAUAUAUGGAAUUACAUUAUCGUUUAAAAUUAAUGGUAAAAAAUAUCUCAUUCAGACAGAUUCUAUAACCGAGCCAGUUGGUAUUCCGUAGUGGCGAAGGAUUCUGAUUUAGUUCUGUCAGUGUUUGAGCCUUGAACCUCUAAGCUUUUGUCAAUGUAGUACUAAAAAACUGCUUUUAAAUUUGAGAUUGGCAAGUAUGUAUUUAACUUUUGUUGUUACUAAAAGUAUUUUAACUCAUCAUUCACAGUCUAUUUAUAUAUGUCAGAAACACUGCCAAAGUAUGAAUGGCUAAAAUUUGACCUACAUUUAAACUUGUUACCUACAUUUAAACAUAUUACCUUCAUAAGAAGUAGAAAUAUUUGCAAUUGCUUUUCAUCCUCAAAAUGUUGUACAAACAUCAGUCUUCAGAACAAUCCUUUGAGGUAGGUAAGUAUUAAAAUGAAGUAUUAACUCAUCUUACAGAUGGGGAAAUUGAGACAGAGGCUUAUCACUUUCGCCAGAGGCAGAUUGUCGGUGUCGGAGCUUGGAUUCGACCACAGGAGAUCUUAACACCCUUUCCUACAAUUUAAAUCAAUCUCUUGAUGGCUGGGUUUUGUAUUUGUUCAAUAUAUCCAACUUCUAAUUGCUGAGAGUUUAAAAUGAAAAAGACCAUUGUUUUGGGGGGGCUCUACAAAAUAUGUAGAGUUCCUCUGCUGGCUGUAUCAUAGCAGUAAUACAGUGACCCCUAGCUUACUCUUGUGGAAGUUUAUGGGAGUUUUGCCCUUGACUUCAGUGGAAACAUAAUCAGACGCUCUAUUCCCAGAGCUGCACUGCUAUCAGCAAUGGUACUAGAGCAUGGAAAUGUUGAGGUAUAAUUAUUUGUAUAAACUGGUGUUCAUUGCUAAGUGCUAAUUUUAGUUGCAUUCAAUCACCGGAAAAAAUCAACUAUAACCAAGUGACGACAAAAUUGACAGAGAAGGCAUUUUAUUUUUAUAAGGUAUUUUAAAAAGAGGGAAUAUCAAAUGUAAAACUACAAAUUAGAUUAUUGGGUGACAUGUUUUUCGGUUUCUUGCUGUGAAAUUAAUUUGUGUGGGGUAUCUUUUUAAAGUCAUAAGGUUACAGCAGCUUUUUCUCCUACCAAACAGUUUUUUCCACUGUGAUAAUAAUUAGAAGGAAUUUAUAAAUACUAUUUAUAAAUCUUGAUUCCAUUUUUUUUGCCUUUUUAAGCUAUUUUAAAUUUUGUCAUUUGUAUAUCUGUAUUCAAAGCCAGAGUCCGAAUAAAUUGUUUGGUGACCAAAUCUUUGCCGCCCUAA